UGAAUCACAUGGUGCAAUUUAGACAACCAAAUGUAAUCGCUCGAAAUAAGUGGGCGCUGGAUACGAAAAUUUGUUUUGAAGUUUGAGAUAUAACCUAAAAGUGUCGCCGAAAUAUUUGUACGCGUUAUACAAAAUUCUUUUUUCGCAAGAUGUUGAAAAUUGUGAGGCCCCUGGUCUAUUUAGCAACGCGCACUUACUGCAAAAAUCCGGCGCAACUGAAGUACACUGUAUCACCUACAUGCCACCUCAAUGUGACCCUUCCGUACAAGACAGUGGUGAAACCAUUGGAUCCUCUCGAUCAUCCAAACAAUGAUAAAGUCAUCAUCAACUGUCCCGAUCACAAAGACAUCAUUGUCAACCAAAUAGACACAACAAUAAACAUCCAGAACCAGAGCUCAGAAUUCAAGAACAAUGUACUGUGUGAAAUAAUUGCCCCAAUAACAGCAAAUUUAAACAUCACAACAGUUGGAGAUUUAACAGUGGGUAACUUCUGCGGAGAUGCCAUGAGGCUAUUCAGUGACAAGGGUCAUGUUACCAUAGGAAAGAGCAAAAAUGAGUAUAUAACAGCUAAAACGAAUGAUGGGAAUAUUGUGACUGAUGGGGAUGUGCAAGCUGCUAAAGUGGUUCUGAAGUCUACUAAAGGGGAUAUAGUGACAAAUAAAUUGAAGUGUUUGGGUUUGCACUUGGAGAGUAACAGCGGUAAAAUCGUGACCAGUUCUUCGUACUGCGACGAAAGCUACUUUGUCACCAAAACAGGCACUCUGGAUUUGCAGAAUGUCCAUAAGAAUAGUAAAAUCUUGAUGGGCGACAACGGGAUUCUGAAUAUGGUUGGAUUUGAUGGAGUUCUGGACGUUGCGAUGCAGAAAGGCAGCGCGAAUAUCCACAUUUCGCGGUUGGAUAAGAAUUCGCGCAUAGUGAUUCACGAGGAAGGAACUAUGACGCUGUGCGUAUCCGAGGAACUGCUGCAGAGUACAUGUAUAGAGAUCAGCAGCAGAUGUUGCGAAGUGCAGGAAGGAAUCGAACAUCACGAGGACGAGGAGACGGGUUUCAUAUCGAUUAAACCGAAGGGCGAUAAAUUGGAGAACGUCAAAUUGGUAGUCACAUGUCCGAAGUCUCUGGUCAAUGUUAAAGUGGCUAACUGGUCGGAGAUGAUGCAGAAAAUUAUACAGAACAAGGCCCAAAUUAAUUAAUUUAUAUAUUUAAAAAAAUAAUAUAUAUGAUACAAUGAUAUUAACGUAAUGUUUGGAAGUUGAUUAAUUGAUGCUGCUGCAGCUUUGCAUUUCCGACGCGUUUUCGUCUGAGUCAAUGAAAUUGGUUUGCCAAAUCUGAAAUAAAUUACAUUCAUUAUUAAUCUAUAAUACUAAAUUUUACAUAUAAGCACACAAUAAUAUCAAACAUAAAUACCCGAGUUAUUUGUUAUUUAUACAAAUACUAAACGUUUCAAUACUUUGAUAGACAAUUAGAUC